AUGUAUACUGUUUAUACUUCAUAAAAUGGCUCAAUUGCUCUUAAUAACUGCUUAACAUUACCCUAUGACACUCUAUUGAAAGUCGUUCUUUGCUCUAGAAAAAUCUUCUCAUUUACUCCUGUCCUCAUAACAAAUAUUUAACAUCAUACUCGUUCUCCUUCAAAAAAAGAUUCUCCAAAUAAACAAUAAAAGAGUUAUAAGAAAAUUCUAAGAGGUGAAUUAGAAGCCUAAUUGCCAAUGAGCUUCUAUUCUGUUUAUGAACCUCAUAAAUAUAAUAUAUCAAAUGAAGGAGACUAUGUGUUUGAGAUCAGAUGUAAAUAAUUAGGCCCAUGCUUUCUCAGAAUAAUUUGGUUGGAAUUUGAUGAUAGAAAGAUACAAGAAAUGGGAUAACCCUUUAAUUUUUUAGUUUGGAAUCCAUAAAUGUUUAAUCUCAAAGAUUUAACUAUUUAGACAGUAUUACCAAAUUUAGUAAAAAAUUGGGAUUUGGAUGGAUUUUAAGCAUUUCAUUUAUGUCCAAUAUAGGAAGUAUCUCAUAGUCUAUAUGCAAUUAAGGAUCAUUUGAGUAUAAAAUACUUCCAUAAUUUUGAGGAACUACAUAAAUUUAUUGAAUCAUCUAAAAAGAUCUUUUUUAUUGAUAUUGUAUUAAAUCAUGCAUCAAAGGAGAGUGAAUGGUUGAAUGAUGAAGAAUGUGUAUAUAAUGAAAGAACUGUUCCAUAAUUGAGAUCAGCUUUAGAAUUAGAUUAUGCUUUACAAUAGGUAUAAAAAUAUGAAGACAUUGAAAAAGUGAUAAAGGCAUUGAAAAUAGAAGAAUAUUUUUAGAUUGAUUUGCAUAAAAUAGAUUGGAUAAAUUGUAUUUUUGAAAAUGGUAAUAAAAAUGGUGAUGAUGAUGAUGAUGAUAAUAUAUUUAUGGAAUCUAAUUAAGAGAAAAAUAUAAAAUUAAUUGAAUAAUAUUUGGUAAAUUUUGGAGUAUCAAGAUAUGGAGUAACAUUUGAUUUUAAGAGAUUGUAACAAGAAUUAGGAAAUCAUCAAUUAACUAUCAAUGAAAUUAAGAAAACUUUAAAAUGUAUUAAUGAAAAAUAAUUCAAAAGGGCUAAAUAAUAUGAAGCUGAAUCUAUAGCUAAUAAUUAAGCACACUAUAAAAAGUAUGGAUAUGUUUAGAAGUACUUCUAUAAAUUGAAGAAUUGGUAUGCUGCCUAUAAUGGUUAUGUAGAUAAUCUUGAUCCUAAAGAAGAUUUUGUAACCAGCCAAAAUUUCCAUUAUCUUAGACAUACUAUAAACAAAUGGAAUGUUAUCAAAUUAAGGUAUGGUAAUAAAUAAGAUACUCCUCUAUUGUUGAAUCGAAUGAAAUAGUACAUUUGUUAGAUGGCUCGUUAUUUUCAUGGUAUUCGAUUAGAUAAUUGUCAUGGAACACCUUUGAGAAUUAGUCAAUAUUUAUUAAAACAUGCUAGAAUUGAGAAUCCUAAAUUAUUAGUGUUUGCUGAAUUAUUUGGUUGUUCAUAUAAACAGUAAAUUAAGUAUAUGAGUAAAUUAGGAUUGAAUGGAUAAGUUGAUGAAUUAUUUUAUUGUAGGAAUUCUAUAUCUAUUGUUCAUAAAUUAUAAAGUUGUGCUUACAUAUAACAAAUAUCAGGACCAUAAAGAAUGAUUUAUGAUUAAACUCAUGAUAAUUAGCCUCCUAUUGUUUAAUCUCAAGGUCCAGGUUUUUUAAUGUCUUUAGUAUCAGCCUUAUCUUUUAGCAAUCAAUUUAAAGGUACUACUAAAUUAGUGGAUGAGUUUUAUGAUUAGUACAUAAGUUGUGUUUAUGAAAAACGAUUUUACCCAUAAAUCAAUUAUUAAAUUUAAAAUGUAGAAAGUAGACCUAUUACUUUUAUGUGGAAGCAUACUACUCCAAUUAAAUGUGGUCUAAAUUAAAGUGUAGCACUCCCAAAAAUUGUUAAAUUAAAAGGUUCAUUUGAUAAUUGGGAACAUGAAUAUUUUCUUAAAAAUGAUAUAGAAAACCCUAAAUAUUUUACUUGUUAAAUAACAUUAUCACCAGGAACAUAUGAAUAUAAAUAUAUAAUAGAUGAUGUAUGGAUGAUAGAUUAAAAUUAAUAAAAUAAUCAUAUGAAUAAUAUCAUUGAUAUUAAACCUAUAUAAGUCUAUAAAUCAUUAACUUUUAUUAGAUAACAUGCUUUAGAUUAAAGUAAAUAUACCUAUUUGGAAUCCAUUCAUGAAUAAAUCCUUAUCAUAACUAAAUGUUAAGAGGAUCAUUUAAAUAAUUAAAUAAUUAUAAUUUGCUUAAGAUCCAUCAUACGUAAAAUUAAACUUUAUUCCAAUAUAAUAAAAAUAUUAUAUCAAUAUUCAUUUCAAUUCAGUGGAUAAGAAACAUUGAAUCUUGAAGAUGAGAUUAAGGUAAAAGAACACUACAUAGAUAUUACUACUUCAUAUGCAUCAAUUAAUGAUAAUAUUUUAUCAAUAAACACUCCAACCUCAUAUGUUAUCAUUCUAAAUUGUGAACCAUUAAAACAGGUUCAAGAAUUGAAUUCAUUUCUCUUAAGCCCUUUCAGAUGUAUUGAUGAUUUGAAUCUUCUAUAUUAGCCUUUGAUAAAUCAUUAUGAAGUACCAGGAUGUGGAGUACUCUAUUAUUCUGGAUUAUAUGGAGUAAUGAGGUUUAUCAAUAAAAUUGAAACUCUUAAAGAUCCAUUCAUCAAGCAUAUUCAAGAAGGUGAUUGGCUUAUUGACUAUUUAUUGGAUAUCCAUACUUGUUUAGUACCAAUUCUAAAAUUAAUUAAAUCAUUACCUUCUAUCUUUAAACCACAUUAUUUUAUUAAAUGCAUAAAACAUAUCGUUUAAAGUAUAGAAGAUAAAUAUACUCAACAUAGAGAGAUUUUCUUUAAAUAAAUUGAUAUCUUAUCCACUUAUUUUACUCUCUAUGAUUUUGUUAAAGGGAGAGAAACUUUUAUGAGUUUCAAAGGUAUCUUAAUUUUGACAAGUAAGAAUAAACAUUUUAUUUUUAGAUAAGGCUAUUGAGGCUAAGGACUUAAUUUUUAAAUAUGGUAAUUUAAUGUAACAUGGCCUAAUACCUAACUCAUUAAAACCUUUAAGAUAUAAUACCAGAGACACUUGUUUUUGGUGGAUCAAAGCUAUUCGUGAUUAUGUUACAUAUACAGAUGAUUUCUCUAUCAUUAGUUUAUUAUAAGAAUAAAUACAAUCCAUUUUUUAAUCUCAUGCUACUGGUAUCUCAUUUAAGGAAACAUAUACAAAUGAUGACAUAGAUAAAGAGGUAUUGUUAUACUUUUAAAUUAGGGUUUGGUUGUUGAACUUAAACUUGAUUCAGAAACAGGAUUUAUUAUGGGAGGAAACUACAAGAAUUGUUUGACUUGGAUGGAUAAAAUGGGAUCAGGCACUUUAAAUAAAGGAUAUCCUGCUGCAUCUAGAGAUGGAGCUCCAAUUGAAUGUACAGCAUUAUUAAAAGCCUGUCUUGAUUUCAUUGGGAAGAUGAAUCAAUUGAAUAAAUAUUCAUAUCCAGGAAUUAAGUUAAUGAAUAGGAUGGUUACAUGGAGAGCAUGGUCAGAUUUUAUUUGUUAGCAUUUUGAAAAAAGUUAUUAUAUUCCAAUUGACUCAUCCUAUUACAAUGAAUAUUAAGUUGUAGAAAAAUAUGUAAGGAGAAAAGGAAUUUAUAGAGAUAUAUUUAAAUGUUCUAAACCUCGAUCUGAAUAUUAAUUGAGACCGAAUUCUUGUAUUGCUAUUGCAUUAGCUCCAGAAUUGUUUUAAAAAAAUCAUGUUGUACACCAUUUAGCUUUAAUUGAAUCUAAUUUGUUGAGUCCAAGUUCCCUAGGCUUAAGCACUCUAGAUCCUAUUGCAAGUGAAUAUAGUGCUAAAUAUAUUCAAUGGACAGACCGUUUCAAUGCUUAAGAUGGAUUCUCCAUUCAUAAUGGAUCCGAAUUUAUUUUCUUGCUUGGAUAUUAUCUAAAAGCAUUACUAAAAAUACAUAAAUAAGAUAUCAAGAAGGAAAUAUUCUAUGCCUAUCUUGCACCUAUCAAAUAACAUUUAAAAGAAUAGUAACUUUAAUGUAUUAUUAUAGUUAUUCUUUACCGGAUUUCACUGAUCAUAAUGGUUAGAUAAGUGAAUUUGCUCAAAAAUCCUCAAUACUAAGUGUUGCUCUUUUAAAAGAAGCCAUUUUUGAUUUAGAAGAAUUUAGUUAAAAAUAUUUUAAAUGA